AUGGACAAAUGCCCCGAUGAGGUGCUCCUGAAAGUGUGCGCUUGGUUAGAGUUUCAAAGUGUUGCCAAUGUGCGACUGGUCAACAAGCGGUUGGCCGAGGUCGGAGCUGAAGCGCUGGUAAAAAGAGUGCGCUUCCACUGCACCAAGGACUCCCUCAGACGUCUACACGCUAUCGCACAGCACGAUGUUUUCUCUAAAUAUGUCGACACCAUAGUCUUCGAAGGCAAUCUGCUGGCCAGCGUACCCUGCAUCCAUACCUACCAAGCCCACUACGAGCUCGAUCAUCACCAGAGCGAAAGACCGCAACCUCCUUCCAAACAUGCGACUCCCCGUGAGCACAGACUCUACGAACGAAACCUGGCAAAGUUCAACCGCGAGAUUGAGAAAAAGUACGACCGGUAUUUGGAUCUUUAUGACAAACAACAGAAGGUUCUCAAGUCCGCCGCUUAUGCCGACUUCAUUUCGUCGAGCAUGCCAUGUUUCCCAAGACUGAACAAACUUGUCCUUUCAACUGUUGGUCGCUGCAAGCAUGUUCUCUCUGGGAGAUUCCUCGAGUCAUUUACUGCCGAUUGUGCUAUGCCAAUUGAACAGGAUACCAGUUUCACCAAGGACCAGCUGAAACAUCUCCUCUUCCCACAAGGGCGCCCACUCACCCAACUCGCGGCAUUGGAGGUCCAUGUCAUGAGCCCCAAGUUCUUCACCGGCUUUGUACCGGCUGGUCUGAUAUGUCGCGCCUUUCAAAACCUCAAAGUCAUUGACCUCAACUUCCGUCUGGAGAAGGAUGACAGGAUUGGCUUGGACAUUAUGACUGCGGACCGCUGCUAUGCAGAUCUUGCGAAAGGUUGUCUUCGUGACGCACUGAGCGCUGCCCGUGAUUUGGAACAGCUGACGAUUAACUUUGACGACUACGGCUACUAUGGAGCUGUCACCAGCCUGGAAAAUAUUCUCGGUUCAAACGCCUGGCCAUGUCUCUACAUGUUGAAUCUGGAUUGCAUGUCGACCACGGAGGACUAUUUCCUAAGCAUGCUGAAACGUCAACCAUCUUUGCUCGAUCUCCGACUAGGCUUCAUGACCCUCGAGCAAGGUCGCUGGCCAAAUGCCACCAGGCGGAUGCGAAAAAGUUUGGACUUGAAGAACUUCAUGGCAAGUGGUAUCCUUGAAGAUCCGGACCAAAUGUUCCCAAUGCAUCUUCUAGACACGGAAGCGUACGUAGAGGAACACCAUCAUUUCACAUUGGCCGACGCUGUUGGACUCUACGUGACCGACGAAUUUCGUAACGCCGAGGAGGAGGAUUACCACCCGAUGCUCGAUGACGAUUUCACUGACGAAGAAACCUUACGGGAGGAAUACGGACCAUUCGCGGAGGACGAAGAAUUUUCGGACAUGGACUGCAGUGACUAG